AUGGCUUCGUCCUCACCACCAAACAUAGCAUCCUCUCCACGAUUAUAUUCAAGCACAGGAAGCCCAGUGCUCAGAGUAAGAAGGACAACAACACCCACAAUAACCUCCUCACCACCCUCAACUCCCCCAGCGGCUCGAAACAAGCGUAUCAAGAACGUCGCCCAAGAAACCAAAGAAUGGGUCAUCGACUACGCCACCGAACACGGCCUUGGAAACACCUUGACAGCCGAUCGUAAGUCUGGCGCCCUGUCAAAUGUGGCGAUGUUCAACAGCGAUCAUGAGGAUUUUCACAAGGACUAUACGACGACGAAGGGCCAGGAUUUGCCGACGGCUCUAAAGGUCGCUAAUCUGGAUAAUCAGCAUGCGAGAUAUGCGCAUGCGAAGGCGAGGUGGAUUCAUGCUCCUGAGCGGGUGGAACUGAAGGCGGAGGUGGAGAGGCUUAUGGAUGAGGAGUUGAAACUGGGGGAUGGGGAGGGGGAGGGGGAGGGAUUGAGUUUUCAGGCGAAGGCUUGUUUGAUAUCAGGACGCCGUUCGAGAAAAAGAUUGUAUUCUGGGAUGGACAGCCAACCUAGCUCGACGUCAACAGUGGACAAGCGGUUUGGAUAUCAGGUCCAACUUCAAAGGCUUGUUGAUGGAUUUGCUGGGAAUACGCAUGUUACGACACUUUAUUUUUUGUAUACCACGUCAUUUUACGAGUUUCGGAAUGCGCUGCGUGAUGCGACGCAGUUAUGCAAGAUUCCUCCUGAUCCGGUGGUUGAGGCGCGAGUAAUCAGUUUCCGCAACCCUAUUCCGAACGAGGAGUCUGAAAACAACACGGAAUCACAGAGAGAAACUUCUACCACGUCAACCAGCUCGCAGCUCACGAACACCACACCAUCAGAAACAGAGAGAAACUCAACCAUAACACCAACGAGUUCGACACCCAUCGAAACCCCCAGUCAAAUUCCCGCAAAACCAAGAGAACAAAACGGCUACCUCCUCUCCGACGGCGAUUGGAUAUAUAAACGCCAGAAACUCCAUUUCACGGACGGGAAGCAGAUGUGUAUCACGGAGGAUUCGAGAGGGAAGAUUGGUUGUGAGGAGGAUUAUUGGAAGAUGGUUAGGUUGCUGAAGAUGGCGAAUAAUGCGAAGAAAGUGGUAGUUGGGGAGGAUAGGUCGAGUGAGAAGAGUGGUUUGGGUAGGGGGAGAGGGGAGGGGAAAGUUGAUAUUCUGGAUAAGAAGUUUGAUUGGAGGUUUACGCAUGGGUUGUGGAUUAUGCAUCAAUUGGAUUAUGAUCAGCAUCAACGGUGGAAGGAGAAGAAACAGAGGGAGAAAGCGGAGGAUGAGGCGCUUAGGAAGAGGCAUCUUGAGGAGCAUGGGGUGGAGUUGGGUCAGUAUUGGGGGGAGUGGAGGGAUGAGGUUGCGGGGAGGGAGUGA